AUGGACUUCAUGAAACGUAAAUCUCACAUGGACUUCAUGAACGAAACUCGAGAAAACAACAAAAUCCAACAAGUUGCGAUAAGGAACUUGGAGAUUCAAUUAGGACAGUUUGCAAAUAUGAUGGCCUCUCGACCUCAAGGUACGUUACUUAGUAAUAUUAAAGAAAAUCCUAAAGAACAGGUACAAGCUAUCACCUUGAAGAGUGGCAAACAAUUGGAGGAUCCACCCAGAAUGGAGAAAGAGAAGGAAGAGCAGAAAAAGAUCCCCAUCAUUCACCUAGAAAAGAUAGAGGAAGUAAAGCCCCAUGUUCCACUAGUUCCUUUUCCACAAAGGUUGAAGAAAACACAAGAUGAUAAGAGUUUCCUCAAGUUUCUUGAUGUCUUCAAAAAGCUUCAAAUCAACAUCCCUUUUGCUGAAGCUCUUGCUCAAAUGCCAAAUCCCAACUAUGUAAAGUUCUUAACAAGAAAGACCUAA